AUGACAUUUUCGACAUUCGCCAUGAAAGAAGGAAGUACGAAAAGGUCCAAGUACGUCAAGGACACAUGUGUACGGUUGUGUAGGUUUUUGGAAAUUAAGGUCAGAGAAGCGCUUAGAACAAUGGAGCUGUGUCGAAGUCCGUUUUUGAAUGGGGCCAACUGGAGUGUCGUUAAAGCUCAGACAUCAGGCCGUCUCGAAAAGCACACCGCAGAAAUGGAGCACGAAAUCAUGCAACAACAUGAUGACGAGAUGUCCGAUGAAGAUGCUUCUGAAAAGGAGAGCAAAGGUGAAGUGGUGGAUGCAAGAAUUGGGAUCUAUGGAAUACUUCUAGCCAGAGUGCAAGACUCGUGGUCUCGUGGAGCACUUUCCGGAAAAGUGUCCCAUAUUAUCACUGCCAUUUUGGAGCACGGUAUUGAUGAAGGACAAGUCACCGCUGAGGACAUAGCACAAUAUUUAGAAAGCCAUCGUCCGAGUUGUUUCGACAGAAUCCUGUACAGUAUUUCCGAGUGUUUGUUCACGUGGAUCGGCUAUGAUUCUUGCAUUAAUCAGUUUGCUGAAAUUGGCGACUGUCCGCUGCUGGCUUCACAGAGAACAAAUUUGCAUUACGUCACAUCAAGACCUUUCGAAAAGUUAGUCAACAAAGAAUCCUUUUCUUAA